AUGAUUUCAAACGAUAACAAUACUAUUCAAGUUUCAGCACCAGGUAAAAUCAUUCUUUUUGGUGAACAUGCUGUUGUUUUAGAAAAGACAGCCAUUGCAGCCAGUUUAUCAUUAAGAACUACAGUUACAUUUACACCAAACGAUAAAAAUAGAUUAUUAUUAGACUUACCAGAUAUCCCAGAUUUUGGUAUUAAAGAAUGGAGUUUAGAUGAUUUUAAAAAGUUAGGUCAUUUCCCAACAGAUAUUGAUCCAUUAAAACCAAUUGAGUGUAAUCAAGAUUUUGCAAAAGAAUUAACCAAUUUUAUUGAUAUUAAAGGUAUUCAUACAUUUUUGUUUUUAUUUUGUACAUUGACUAAAUGUAAUAAAGCAAUGGAUAUUAGAUUUUCAAGUGCAUUACCAAUUGGAGCAGGUUUAGGAUCAUCAGCAUCAUUUUGUGUUGGUAUUUGUGCAGGUUUAUUAAAAGCAUUAGAUAUUUAUGCAUGUGGCGGUUGUGAACAAUGUAAAUCAACCAGCGAAGGUCAACCAUGCAAUCAACAAUUAAAUUUAAUCAAUCAAUGGUCACUUCAAGGCGAAAAAAUUAUGCAUGGUACACCAUCAGGUAUCGAUAAUGCAGUCAGUACCUUUGGCAAAGCCCUCACAUUCACUCGUAAAAAUGGUUAUAGUGUUAUCGAAAAUGGUAUCCCACCACUUCGUAUUCUCAUCACCAACACCAAAGUAAGCCGUUCAACCAAAACAUUAGUCGAAGGUGUUAUUAAUCGUUCAAAACAAUUCCCAACUUUAAUUGAUCCAGUUUCAAAUUUAAUCGAUACCAUCUCUAAACAAUGUAUUACUGUUUUCGAUCAAUAUCAUCAAGAUAAAGACUAUGACCGUCUUCAAACAGCCAUGGAUUUAAUGUUUGAUAUGAAUCAACAUCUCUUAUCUGGUUGUUAUGGUGUUGGUCACUCAAGUAUCGAUACCAUCGUUUCAAUUACCAAAUCUUUAGGUUUCCACACUAAAUUAACCGGUGCUGGUGGUGGUGGUUGUGUAAUUACACUUUUAAAAAGAGAUACUACCGACGAUCAAUUAAAUCAACUUAAAAAUAAAUUAGUAGAAUCAGGUUUUGAAAGUUGGGAAGCCACCGUUGGUGAUCCAGGAGUUUUAGUUUCAGUAAUCCCAAAUUAA